AUGGCCAGAUUACAAGCUCUCAACCUGCUCCGCAAGGCAGCCUUGAUUGACCUACAAGUUGACAACUGCAUUGAGGGUCUUGGAAGCAGGGGUGACCAUGCCAGCGACAUGUGCAGCGCCCUCCGGUACUUUGCAUGGGCCCUGCAGGAGGCCUUUGACCUGAGGAAGGCUCGUGAUCUCUGCAGGCUUGAGCUCCUGGUGGGCGACGUUCAGACCGUUCACGUGUGGGUCCAAGCAUGCUCAGCAAGGCACGAGGAGGCUGCAGUCAAGGCUCGGAGGCUCUUUGAGGAGAAGGUGCAGGGGCUCUUCAACAUGGGCUACUGCAUGGAGGAGAUCUACGGAGACAGCCCCCUAGGGGACAAGAUGCACACUGGGGGCAGAUUUGUCCGCCUUGUAGACUGUCUCUCGAGGGUAUGGCGCCGCUUAGGGCACGUUGCAGAUGAGAUGAGCAUGGCAUGCAAGACACUUGCAGACUUUGACCGGCCGAUCAAGGAUGCCUUUGUGGACAUCAAGCUGCUGCCUCUCCUUGGCGGGGAACCAUUCCCGUCCUUCAUGACGGAGCUAGCAAGAGAUGCUGCCUCAAAGCUGGAGAUACGCUUCAGCUUUGGAGACAAGAACCUGACAAUCUGGCCCGGAUCCGGGGCUGUUUGUCAGAGCUCUGGGGACGGGCAUCUGCUACUGACGGGUGAUCCAAUGAGCCGCAUUGGGGUACAGGGCUUCCCUUGCACCGAUGAAGAAGCAACAAUGGCGAUCCGUUACGGGGAGGUCGAGGCGUUUGCACCACCUCGGACAGAGGUCCUUGGGUGUCAAAGGAGCUCUUCAAGCUACUUGUAG